GGACUUGUUACCACGGCAGCCAGGAGGAAGCUGUGAAGGGAGCGGACAGGAGAAGCUAUGGGCAUUCGAAAAGGCUGAGCAAAGUAUUGCAGCUUAGGCUGUCACGAUGGGCACUGCAUCCUCACUGGUCAGCCCAGGAGAGGUGAUCGAGGAUGGAUAUGGGGGUGAAGGUGGGGAAGCUUGUGAGAUCCCAGUGGAGGUGAAGCCCAAAGCCCGACUCCUGCGCAGCUCCUUCCGCAGGGCACCUCGGGUGAUUGGAGCCAGUUUUAAAUCCACGGGUUCUGUGGAUUUAGAGUAUGCUGCUGAGUAUGAAAGGCUCCGUAAAGAGUAUGAAAUCUUCCGUGUUAGUAAGAAUAACGAGAUCUCAUCCAUGCAAAAGAAGGAGGCCAAGCUGGAUGAAGAGAACAAGAGGCUUAGGGCCGAGCUACAGGCUCUGCAGAAGACCUACCAGAAGAUCCUCAGAGAAAAAGAGAGUGCUCUUGAGGCAAAAUACCAGGCUAUGGAGAGGGCUGCCACCUUUGAACAUGACCGGGACAAAGUAAAACGUCAGUUUAAGAUUUUUCGGGAGACAAAAGAAAAGGAAAUCCAGGAUCUCCUGCGAGCCAAGAGGGACUUGGAGUCCAAAUUGCAGCAGUUGCAAGCUCAGGGUAUCCAGGUAUAUGACCCAAAUGAUUCUGACUCAGAUGACAACCAAACCACAGUUACUGCUGCAGGAACACAGUGUGAGUACUGGUCUGGUGGGGUACUUGGAAGUGAGCCCUCUAUGGGUAGUAUGAUGCAGUUGCAGCAGACCUUUAGGGGACCAGAGUUUGCACACAGUUUGAUAGAUGUGGAGGGACCUUUUGCAAAUGUGAGCAGAGAUGACUGGGAUGCUGCAGUGGCCAGUCUGCUUCAGGUCUCCCCUCAUGUGCCCCAGGCCUUAUGGAGUAACACAGUCCGCUGCUACAUAAUCUUUACCCAGGAGACCAAAGCUGAGCUAGAGAUCUUUAUAAAGAAACACUCUGCUGCGUUACGGAAAUUGUGUGAAGGUCUUGGCCAUUUCUACCUGAAUGUGUGCUUCCCUGAUGAGACUGCUGCUUCAUACACUGCGGAGCGCAAGCAGGAGAUUGACAGAAGCUCUGUGUGUGUGCUUCUUCUUAAAUCUGCUGUAACGAGUUCUGUGGUAGAAGACUGUGAGGAAGCUUUUGUGAAGAAUCCAGACGGCCAUCCUCUGGUGCUCUACCUCAGGACAGAAGAAGGUCACAAUUUGACCAGACCUACCAGGCAACUUCUAGAACGUGUCAAUGCUGCAGAUAAGGCAGCUAAAGUCAAGGUGGUGGAUCAUAGUGGCUCUGCAGAGGAGGGAGCCACCCUGAUUUAUGCUCAGCUUGAAAAAGUCAUCAAACAGGAGUUGCUGGGUCUUGAAGGAGCAGACGUUGACUCAAAGGACUCCGGGAUAGAAGAGGGACGUGAGGAAGACUCUGGAGACGUGCUAUGGGACCUGCACGAUGAGCAGGAGCAGAUUGAGGCCUACCAGCAGGCCUGUAGCAGCACCAUGUCCCAGUUAGGCUCCCAGAAGUACAUAGAUCGUUUGAAUGACAUGAUAGCUGCUCCACCUCCAACCCCACCGCUACUGGUGUCUGGCGGUCCUGGCUCAGGAAAGUCUCUCCUGCUCUCCAAGUGGAUUGAGCAGCAGCAGAAGCAGUCUCCCAACACAUUGUUCCUUUAUCACUUUGUUGGUCGCCCACUUUCAACUAGUGCGGAGCCAGUACUCAUCAUUAAGCGCCUUACAGUUAAACUGCUGCAGCACUUCUGGUCCAUCUCAGGCUUGUCUAUGGAGCCCAGUAAGAUCUUGGAGGAGUUUCCCCGCUGGCUUGAACGGUUAUCAGCACGCCAUCAAGGAAACAUCAUUAUCAUCAUCGACUCCAUUGACCAAAUACAUCAAGCAGAAAGACAUAUGAAGUGGCUGAUUGACCCUCUCCCUGUCAAUGUCAGAGUAGUGGUGUCUGUCAAUGUAGAGACGUGUCCUCAAGCUUGGAGGUUGUGGCCUACACUCCACUUAGACCCACUGAGCCCCAGAGAGGUCAGGAGCAUCGUUAAUGCAGAGUGCCAAAGCUUGGAUCUGAAAUUUACCAAGGACCAAGAGAAGAAGCUGGAAAGGCACUGUCGCUCCGCAUCAACAUGCAAUGCACUGUAUGUCACACUUCUGGCAAGGAUGAUCAUCAGCAGUACAUCAUGCUGGUCGCUGGAGAAGAGCCUGGAGCAGUGUCUGCAGUGUCAGGACACAAUGUCCCUCUAUCGCCUGGCUCUCAAGAUGACACUGACUUCACUGAAAACAGACAGAGAGCGACACAUCAUGAGAGAGAUCCUAUGCCUUGUGUGUGCCAGCCAUAAUGGAGUGAGUGAAUCAGAGGUGCAGGAUCUUUUCCCAGAAUUUGAGCUGCCUGCACUGUCCUCUCUUCUUCACCGUCUGAACAGACUCUGCGUUGUCACCCUCCGAUGUGGGCUGAUUAGGUUUCAGCACCUGCAGGCCUGGGAAGCUGUGAGGUUAGAGUUCUUAGGAGGAGGAAGCAGCUCAGCAGCCUACAGAGAGAAACUGAUACAACAUUUCAGUCAGCAACUCAGUCAGGACCGUGUGACUUGGCGGGUUGCAGAUGAGCUGCCCUGGCUGCUCCAGCAGCAGGAGGAUAAAACCAAACUACAGCUCAGCCUCCUGAACCUGUUUGUCUCCCAAAACCUCUACAAGAGAGGACAUUUCUCUGAGCUGCUAGCCUAUUGGCAAUACGUAGGCAAAGACAAAAGCUCCAUGGCCACAGAGUACUUUGACUCCCUGAAACACUACGAGAAGAGCUGUGAGAGUGAAGACAGUAUGACCAAGCUGGCAAACCUGUACGAGACGUUGGGACGAUUCCUCAAAGACCUGGGCCUUCCUAGUCAGGCUGUUGCCCCUUUACAAAGGUCUCUUGAAAUCAGAGAGACAGCCUUGGACCCAGACCAUCCCAGUGUAGCUCGCUCCCUGCACCAGCUGGCCGGGGUUUAUGUUCAGUGGAAGAAGUACGGUAAUGCUGAGCAGCUGUACAAGCAGGCCCUGGAGAUAAGCGAGAACGCGUACGGCGCUGAGCAUGCAAGUGUGGCACGAGAGCUGGAGUCACUCGCCAUGCUAUAUCAGAAACAAAACAAGUAUGAACAAGCAGAGAAACUCAGGAAGACAUCUGUGAAGAUCCGUCAGAAGACUGCACGUCAGAAAGGUCAUAUGUAUGGUUUUACUUUGCUGAGGCGCAGAGCCCUACAGCUGGAAGAGCUCACCCUGGGAAAAGAUUCUGCUGACUGUGCCAAGACGCUUAACGAGCUGGGUGUCUUGUACUACCUCCAAAACAACCUGGAUGCUGCCAAGGUUUUCCUGACCCGUUCUCUGGAAAUGCGUCAGCGAGUCCUCGGCCCAGAUCACCCCGACUGUGCUCAGUCCCUCAACAAUUUGGCAGCACUGCACACAGAGAGGAGGGAGUAUGAAACAGCUGAGGACAUGUAUGAGAGGGCGCUGGACAUCCGCAAGAGGGCCUUGUCUCCAGAUCAUCCCUCUCUGGCGUACACGCUUAAACACCUGGCAAUGCUGUACAAACGCAGGGGGAAGCUGGAAAAGGCAGUGCCACUGUAUGAGCUGUCUGUAGAAAUCAGGGAAAAAAGUUUUGGGCCCAAACAUCCCAGUGUGGCAACAGCGCUGGUAAACCUGGCUGUCAUCUACUGCCAAAUGAAGAAGCACAGCGAUGCUUUGCCUCUUUAUGAAAGGGCGCUUAAAGUGUAUGAGGAUAGUCUAGGGCGCUCACACCCACGAGUGGGAGAGACUCUGAAAAACUUGGCUGUGCUAAGCUAUGAGGAGGGUGACUUUGAGAAGGCAGCAGAGCUUUACAAACGUGCAAUGGAGAUUAAAGAGGCUGAGCCAUCGUUGGUGUGUGGGAACGCCCCCUCUCGCCAUUCCUCCAGUGGGGAUACCUUCAGUCUGAGGGGACCUGCUCCCCUACCACAUGCCCCGAGGUGACUCUGAUCAGCCUUGAAGUGCCACAUGACAGUGAAAAAAUGCAUAAAAACAUCAGACUCAGUGGUGUGACCAAAAAGAGAACCACUUUGGUCAUCAAACUUUAAUUGUUGUCGAGAUUUGAUUUGGUCAGAUUUACUGUACCUGCAAGUUCAAUCAUGAAGUCUGCCAAAUCAGUCUGUGAAACCUGUGUAUUUCUGCAAAGUAUCUGAUGAUUUUUCCAACACAUGCGUAUGGGAGGGGAACUGCAUCAGUCCUCUUUAUGGGCCUGGAACUCAGGUUUACACUUCUGUUGUUUAGUUCCUCCUACAUUCAGCCUCAAAGUAUAAAUCACUACAUUUACUAACAUGAAACACCAUAAAGGACUUAAAUUUUAUAACACGGGAGAAAAUUGAGUAUCAGAAACCUUUUUUCUGUUGUACAGAAGAUAUUAAUCUAUGCACUUUCUCAAGACUUGUGAUAAUUAGGGACACAGCUAUAAAGAAGACCCAAAGUAUUAUCAUAAUUAUGUCAAGUUUUGACAUAAUGCUCCCCUGUUAAUUCAGAAAAAACUUUAAAGUUUAUUUUAAGAUAUCAAGUAUUAACUUUGGCAUAUUUCCACAAUUGAUGAUGCUGUUGUCUUGUAUCUUUUUUUUUUUUAUUUUUGCCAAAUCUAUAUUCAGUGUUCAGGUUGAAGGUUUUUAGAGUGUCUGUUUGUAAAAUUAACGGUGCAUUAAUGGGAGAGAGGCGUGUUCAUGUGCAAUGUGAUUCCAUUAAUGUUUACAUGAAAUAUGUUCUAGCAGUAUUAACUACAAAAUUAAAAAAGGGAAAACGUACAACCCCUGUGAAGUGUUUAACAAGCCUCCGCUACGACUGAUUAAACCUGCGGUACUGAGUUCAUCUCGUGUUUAUACAAUCCUAGAUGUUCAUUUAUUAAUCUACAAAAAGGAUUUCAAAGGACCAGCCGUGACAGUGCCACAAGUGUUGAGUAUGUCACACUUUUGAGGGGCCGUACAGGACAUCAUUUAUGUUGGCCCUAUUGCUUACUUUAACUAAACAUGGGGUUCCAGAUUUUUGUAAAGCUUGAGUAAAACGUGUUUAAUUUAUAUUUCACACAACACAUCUUGGUAAGAAAUGGGGGUUGCAUACAUAUGAAUGAUGUAUAUGUGUGACAGUUUGGUUUUUGUAUGUGAAAGGAAGAUCGAUGCAUUAAAAGGGAGAAUAUGUGAGAGUUAAAAACAUAAUGCUGGUGUUUGGCCAAAACAUUGUAUAUCCAUUUUUCAGGAUUUUUUAUUUUUUCUUAAAUUGACUCUAUUGGUCACCCUUUUUAUCUGCCAGUGGGUUGUUAGAAUUUUUAAACCAAUAAAAAGUGUCAAAAAACGGUUGACAGUGAUCAUGCUGCCCGAUAGGAGGGGCAUGUAUCUAAGAGGUAAAUUAUCUCUGGCUUGUACGGCCUCUCAGACACUUUUUAAGGUACCAAAAAGGGACACAAUGUACCAAAAUCUAUUGACAAAUUACAGCUCAUAUAAUGUAUCUUAAGUGGUUUUUUUAUGUUUAUGUAUUAAUGUAAAAUCUCAAAUCUGUAAAAUCUGUACAGGACAACAAAAAUCAC